AGGCUCUCGGCCAGCAUGGCCCCCACGUUGCAGCAGGCGUACCGGCGGCGCUGGUGGAUGGCCUGCACCGCGGUGCUGGAGAACCUCUUCUUCUCCGCGGUGCUCCUCGGCUGGGGCUCCCUGCUCAUCAUGCUCAAGAAGGAGGGCUUCUAUUCCAGCCUGUGCCCAGCUAAGAACAACACCAGUGGCCACCAGGAGCAUUGGACAAGCUGCGACUUGCAGGACGAGAUGCUCAACCUGGGCUUUACAAUUGGUUCCUUUGUGCUCAGCGCCACCACCCUGCCCCUGGGCAUCCUCAUGGACCGCUUUGGCCCCCGGCCGAUGCGUCUGGUGGGCAGUGCCUGCUUUGCUGCAUCCUGCACCCUCAUGGCCUUGGCCUCUCGAGACACCAGUGUCCUUUCUCCGUUGAUAUUCCUGGCGCUGUCCCUGAAUGGCUUUGGUGGCAUCUGCUUAACCUUCACCUCACUCACUCUGCCCAACAUGUUUGGUAAUCUGCGCUCCACCUUCAUGGCCCUCAUGAUCGGCUCCUACGCCUCUUCCGCCAUCACGUUCCCCGGCAUCAAGCUGAUCUACGAUGCAGGGGUGGCCUUCGUGGUCAUCAUGUUCACCUGGUCUGGCCUAGCCUGCCUCAUCUUCCUGAAUUGUGCCCUCAACUGGCCCAGAGAAGCCUUCCCAGCCCCUGAGGAGGUCAAUUACACGAAGAAGAUCAAACUCAAGGGGCUGGCCCUGGACCACAAGGUGACAGGUGACCGCUUCUACAACCACGUGACCACUGUGGGCGAGCGGCUGAGCCAGAAGGCCCCCAGCCUGGAGGACAGUGCUGACGGCUUCAUCCCAUCCCAGGAUGUCCAGGCCACCUUGGAAAAAACUCGGCAGAAAUCCAUCCCCUUCCGCAAGAGCCUCUGUGCCCCCAUUUUCCUGUGGAGCCUCCUCACCAUGGGCAUGACCCAGCUGCGGAUCAUCUUCUACAUGGCCACCAUGAACAAGAUGCUGGAGUUCUUUGUGACCGGUGGCCAGAAGCAUGAGACGGAUGACCUGAAACGAAGGGCAGAAGAGACAGUUGGGUUCUACUCUUCCAUCUUCGGGGCCAUGCAGCUACUGUGCCUUCUCACCUGCCCCCUCAUUGGUUACAUCAUGGACUGGCGGAUCAAGGACUGCGUGGACACCCCCGCCGAGGGCACUGUCAGGGAUGAGCUCACCCCCAGGACCACCAAACCCCGCUACCGCAAGAUCCAGAAGCUCACCAAUGCCAUCAACGCCUUCACCCUGACCAACCUCCUGCUGGUGGGUUUCGGCAUCACCUGCCUCAUCAGCAACUUGCACCUCCAGUUUGUGACCUUCAUCCUGCAUACCAUGGUCCGGGGCUUCUUCCACUCCGCCUGUGGAGGCCUCUACGCUGCCGUGUUCCCGUCUAACCACUUUGGAACCCUGACGGGCCUGCAGUCCCUCAUCAGCGCUGUGUUCGCCCUGCUCCAGCAGCCGCUCUUCAUGGUCAUGGUGGGACCCUUGAAAGGAGACCCCUUCUGGGUGAACUUGGGCCUCCUGCUCUUCUCACUCCUGGGCUUCCUGCUACCCUCCUACCUCUUCUACUUCCGUGCUCGACUCCAGAAGGAGUAUGCAGCGGGCUUGCCCGACCCCCAGAAGAUGCUGACUGGCCCUGAGCUGACGGCAACGUAGACCUCCCAGGCUGGGAGCCCCAUGGCAGAGGCAAGGCCUGAGCAACCAGAGGGCGUGUCCAAGCGGCUUUUCUACCUGUUAUCUUGCACACAGAGCCUGGGGCUGCAGAUUUAUAAAUACCCAGAGUUCUAUUUUUGUAGGGAUUUGCAAAAGGAAAAAAAUGGGGGGGGGGGCGGGAAGAAGAAGAAGAAAAACCAAAAACAAAUGCUUUAAAACAAACAAACAAACAAACAAACAAACAAACAAACAAACAAACAAGGAAAAUCUUGCAAAGCAACGCUCCAUUGACUAUUGACGGAAGGCCGCCCUGGUGCAGGAGCAAUCCGCCUUCUGCCCGCCCUCCCUCCAGGCACUGGAGGAGACCUGCCCUCUGGGCCUUCCCCAGGGGGCUCCUGUUUCCUGGCUCCUGGGGGCAUCCGUCUCUCAGCUGCACAGUGUCAGGAAUGUGUGUGUGUGUGCGCGCACAUGUGUACACGCAUGCAUGUACGUGUGCAUGUGUACACACUUACCUUCUCAGAAGGAAAGGGGCCAGAGGGUGCUGUGUCCUGGAAGGGGGUGUGGAAGCUUC